GGCACCUUUCAAAUUUGAAUAAUUUUUAGGCUAUGUACCAUGUUUAUCAACAUCAUUUUCGUAUUAAUUAAUAUUUUUCUAUUUAUCAAUGGACUGUUACCUUUUCGGAGUAAUAAUGAACAAUAUGUUAAUGUCCCAUACAAAACGCAACAAUUUUCGGUGUCUAAGAUAGAUAGAACUGUUAUAAUGAUUGUCGAUGCGAUAAGAACAGAUUUUGUUAGCCACAAUUUGAUGCCGCUAACAACGAAGUUGGUCAAAGAACACGGCUGUGUUAUAAAUGUAUCAGUAUCUUCACCUACAGUUACUUUGCCCAGAAUAAAAAGUUUGAUAACUGGAAGCAUUCCUCAAUUCAUGGAUAUAUUACAUAACUUGGGUAGUACACAAGUACUUGAGGACAGUUUACUACACAAGGCUAGAAAACGAAAUAACCAAAUAUUAUUUCAUGGAGAUGAAACAUGGCUAAAAAUUUUUCCAAGUGACAUGUUCCUCAGAUAUACUGGUACUACUUCACUUUAUGUAAAAGACUUCUAUGAAGUAGAUAGUAAUGUAACGAAAAAUUUAAAUUUGGAGCUGGAAAAAAAUGAUUGGAAUAUAAUGAUUUUACAUUAUUUAGGAUUAGACCAUAUUGGUCAUGUUCAUGGACCUUUCUCUCAUCUUGUACCACCAAAACUACAUGAAAUGGACCUGAUUUUUUCCAGGAUUUUCAAAAGUUUAAGUCAAAAUAAGAAUCUCUCAUCUUUGGUUAUUCUUACUGGAGACCAUGGUAUGAGAGAUACUGGAGGCCAUGGGGGCUCAACCUAUUCUGAAACUCAUGUACCUUUUGUUGUAUUGGGUGUUCCAUGUGUAAAUGGUCUAAUUGACCAGGUAGAUAUAGCUCCAAACUUGGCCAUACUUCUAGGUUUAGAAAUUCCAUCUUUAAGUAUUGGAAAAUUGACACAGUUACUUUUGAAAAAUUUAACAGCAGAUCAAUAUGCAUCUGCCUUGUAUUAUAAUGCUGAAUUGUUGAGUAAGAAGUAUGGUGGAAAUGGUAGUGAGUUUGAGUCUAUCUCAAAAAUGUAUAGGUCUUACAUGGAAAAAAAAGAUGAGAAUGCAGCUUUGCAUUUGAUUGAAAUGUGUACAAAAUAUUCAGAAAAAGCCAGUAGAACACUUAGGGAAGCUUCUACUCAGCAAGACUUGAAUGCCAUGAUUUUAUCUGUGAUAUGUCUCUUAUAUGCUUUAAUUACUCACUUGAAAGGAAGUGAGUUGUUCAAAAGAAAUGUUUUUAAUUACAUAUUCUAUUUAUCUAUACCCCUACUCGGAAUGGUUUCCAAAAAUGAAUUUGUCGUAAUACCUGUAUUAAUAGCUUCGGUAUUCCAGAUCACUGGACUUCCAAAAUUCAAAAUCGAAAGAAAUAAUUUGAUUCUAGUCUUUUCAAUAUUUUUUCAGCCCAUUACUUGGCUUUCCUCUAGUUUAAUAGAAGAAGAACAUGAAUUUUGGUAUUUUAUGCUAAAUACAUUUUUAGUCAUUCAAAUACUCAAAACAUUAAAAAAGAAAGAUUUCACUUCUUGUAUAGUAUGGUUUUCGAUCGGCAUCUCAUUCCGUUUUGCUGAAACACUGAACCAAAUGGGUGACAAGUGGUCUUCUCUGCCUGACACUGCUGAUCUUUUGUUGAAACCUCAAAAUUAUCUUCUGCAUAUUACCCUUUUAUGUUUCAGCAUUUUUAACAUAUAUUAUUUUUGUUUGAAAUAUGGUAAAAGUUUGUAUCAUUUAGAAAAAAUCAUUUUAUUUCUAGUGUUCAUUUAUAAACUAAGCUCACCAGAUAAUUUCAUUUUGGCUAGAAUUAUUUAUUUGUUAUUGGCAGUAUAUUUAGCCCUUGGUUUAGAUUACUUGAAUUCUUGGAUUCUGCUCAUUGCCCUUCUUUCGAAAUCAUAUAAUUUGUGUUUGAUUCCCUUGUCUGUCUAUACUAGUCGUCAAAUAUUCAAUGAAGAUAAGAUGAAAGUAGGGGUUUCAUCUACAUGUUUGCACUUGAUUAUGAUCAAAAGUCUGUUUUUUAUGCAAGGUACUGGUAAUACAAUUGCUAGCAUUGAUGUAUCAGUUGGUUACACGGCACUCACAAACUACAAUCCAAUGUUUGUGGGUGCACAGUUACUGAUAAAUACUUAUUCAUCCACCAUUUUGAUGCAUUUGUUGUUAUAUAAGUCUGAAAAUACUAAAAGCUUCUUCAGGUUAGUGUACACUGAAAGACUGUACAGCACAAUUGUUGUUUUUAUUGUAUCUAUUAUUUUUAGAAACCAUAUAUUCAUUUGGAGUGUUUAUGCUCCUAAAUUAUGUAUAGAAUGCUGUCACACAUUAGUACUGAUUGUUGAAUUUUUGUUUUAUGUAUUUAUUUCUUCAGUUUCGAAAAAAUUAAAAGUAAUGUGGAAAUGAAAUGAUAAUGAUGACAUUUUUAUUCUUAUUAGAACAGAAUAUUCACUCUAAGUGAAUUGAAAUUUCUCUUUUCAUUGUGUCUGAAUAAAUUUCACUUUAUCAUGUAA